AGGAUGAUUGGGAAUGUUUUACAUGUGAUCCUAAACCAAUUUGGAACCUGAGAGCCAUAUGUGCUGCUGUAAUGGAUUCUGUCCCUAAAAAGGGUAACAAGAAAAGAAGCAACAAGAUUGAAAAACGAAUUUUACCAUAUGAAAUGCAACGAAUAGACAAAACGAGAAACAUACAAAAAAACUUGAAAACUUUUUGUGACAAAGAGGAUGACGAGUCUUCCGAAAAGUUAUUUGUUUCUGCAAGAUUCACGCAAAAACAUCAUCGUACAAAUAAUGUCUCGCUUCAGAAGAGAAGAAUAGUAGAUCCAACAGAUUCAUCCAGCGAAGAUUCGUUUUACACAAACGAAAAUUUGUCUAGCUCAUCUAAAAGAAAUAAACAAAAUAAGAACGAGAGUGAUCGAAAAGUGAAAUCUGUACGGAAUGUUUAUUCUUUGCGGAAAGUUUCAAGAUCAGUUGUAAAAGGAGAAAAUAUAUUGAAGAAUAAUAAAAUAUUUAGUGAUUCAAAUAAUGAUUCUAGCGAUACGUCAUCGAAUAAAACAAAAAAACAUACAAUUAAACAUAAUAGGUCUGAAAAAAUAUUGAAACCUAAAACAAAUAAUUGUUCUUCUGACAGUGAAAAUGAUGAGAAUGAUACAAAUAUAACAUUAAGUGUAUCCAAGAGGACUUCAAAAGAUACUAGACAACAGAAUAAAAAAAUGAAUAAUUCUUAUAAUGCAAGAUCGAGGGACAAGGCAAAAAAAUAUGAUUCGACUAGUGAAUCUGAAGAUGAAAAACAUAUAAAACAAUAUAGGAGAAAACGCUCAGAAACGAGUCAGUCAAUAUCGCACAUUAAUGAAGAACGAAAACGUGACAAGUCAUCGAAGCAGCAACUUUUUAAUAUUCAGGAAGAUGAUUCAGAUAACAGUUCUAGUAAAGAAUUUAAAACAAUAAAACUUCAUAAAGUGAAACACAAGUACUCUAUGAGGCAAUUGGCAGACUUGGAUGUAGAUUAUACUAGGACACCUAAAAAUUUUGCAAAUGAUAAGAGUGAUAAAAUCAAUGAACAAUCAAAACAAAAUUUUAAUGAUAUGGAAAAAAUUGUAACGGACUGUAAAGAAAUGUGUUCAAAUUUUCAGAUGUAUAUUGAAAGUAUAGAACGAUUACAUGGCAAAGGAGAUGAAGAAAAACUUAUAUUGAGAUCUAUAGAAAAAAUUGAUAAGUUAAGGAUGACAUUGAAAGAAAAGAGUAAGAGUUUAACAACUUCUUAUCAGUCGUGGUCUAGGAAUAGGAAAAAAUCUACUGCAAAGCGAUUAAAUAAAGUUAGCGAUAACAAAAUCGCUAACUCUUCUGAAGAAUCGUCUUCAGAAGAACAUGAAAAACGUAUAGAAGAUGAGGAUAAACACGUCUUUGAUAAUAAACAGAGUGGAAAUAAGGCUGUGUCUGAAUGUGAUAGCGAAGAAAUAUUUUCAACAGAUGAAACAAGAUCACCAGAGAAAAUAGUGAGUUCAGCAAAAACGGAAAAAGGUAUAAAUAACAAUGAAACUAACAUUAAUGAUGAAGAUGGAAUGUCAAUUGACAAAUCAAAGAAUAAUGAUAAACAUAAUGUAGAAGUGCAAGAUGAUUCUCCUGAAUUAAAUUUAAAAAAGAAGAUUAGCAUGGAACGAUCAAGUAAAAAGCAACUCUUUUCAGAAUGCAAUAAGAGCAACGAUAAGACAAAACCGUUGAAUAAAAAUGAAAGUGAGAUUGAAGAUUCUCCUUCGAGAAAUAGCGGCUCGAAUAUGGCAUUAGAAAAUGAUCGAAUAAAUCAGUCAAUAAAGAAUAUAAUCAACGAGUCAUCGGAUAUGUUCGACACAUCUCUCGAAGAUGCAGAAAAGAGCACAGCGGAGAUCGAAACAAAUUGUAGUAAAGAAGAGCUUUUACAAACGUUUAAAGAUAACAUUUUAAAUCAUCAUAAAAAUUCCUUACAAAGUGAAGUUUCAAACGAAAAAGAGAGGAUAUUUCUUAAAAAAAAAGAUUUAUCAAAUCAAGAUAAUCAGGAAAACGCUAUAUCUGUAAUCAAGGAAGUUAAUAACGACUUAACACCAUCCAGAAAAACGAAUACAGAUGACAACGACUCAACACCAUCCAGAAAAACGAAUACAGAUGACAACGACUCUGUCGAUGACGCUGAAACACUGGCAAAGAAAGCUUUGUUAGCAACUGACUCUGACACAUUAGACAAUGAAAAUUACAUAACUAACACAGCUAAGUCAACUAAAGUUUUAUUCACAGAUGAUACUAAUCAGAUCGAAAGAAAACAUGAAUUAGAAGAUAAUGAUUCUGAUGUCAAUAGCGUUAGUACAAUAGUGCUUCCAACCUAUACAAAAGAUGCGAAUAUCAACUCUGAAAAAACUGUUGACACUGAAACGGAAAUUGAAGCUAACGGGAAAAGCGAUGAUCAACCAGAUAGAAAAUCUCAUAAAGAAAUUAGCUCUUCAAAAGAUGAAAAUGAUAGAGCUAAUAAAGCUGCCAAAAUAUCUCUUUUAGAAUCAAAUUCGGACGAUUCUACACUUUUGUCAUUGGAAUCGGAAAAAUUCACCAAUAAAAAGUCUGAGUCGGAUUCUUCCAAGAAAAAUGCCGAAGCGAAGCUGUCACUUCUAGCAUCUUCCAGUGAAAACUCCAAUUCUGAACCAACUUCGUCUGAAAUGACAAAUGUUUCGAAAAAUAUUAAACGUAAUCGUGAGCUUGAGAGUGAUGAAGAACAUUUUGUUACUAGAUCCAAGAAGAAAAGAUUCAAACUCGAUGAAAAUCAUCAUUACAAAAAUAAUAAGAAAUUGAGAAUGUCCUGCAAAGUUUAUUUAGUGCGAUUGAGCACGGAAAUUCUUAAACGCCACUCAGAUACGUUAAAAAAGUCAAGAGAACGUCUGGAACGUAAGGAACUUGAAAGUCUUCUUAAUCUGGAUAAACUUGAAAAGAGUUCCAAAAAAAAUACAAAGAAAGAUUCUGAUUCGUUGACAGACAACGAUUCGUCCUCGAAGGUUUUAAAAAACUCAAACAAAAAGAAAAAGACUAAAGAAAAAUCUUUGAUGGAUUAUUUGGAUAAAAUAGAAAACGAGGAUGCAAUUGAAACGGCAAGUGUAGAUAUGAAUUUUGAUACUGAAGAAUUAGUUCAUCAAAUGAAUGUAGACGAUGUAACUAUCUCUAAUGAAGCUCUUAUAUCAGAGGCAGAUAGAAUAGCAAAAGAAAAUCUGUUAAAUUCCUCUGAUUCAGUCGACAAAGAAGUGGACAGUGAUUGUAGCAUAAAGAAUGAUGAUAUAAGAGAAAAAGAAGAGAACAAGAAAAAGAAAUAUCGGGAGAAAUCUGAAGACAAAACUUCGAAAAAUGAUAAAAAAGAUAAAAGCGAUUGGAGGAGAGACACGAUAUUGAGAACGGUAUUUUCUGACUCUGAUUCCGAUGCUGAAAGAGAAAAAUGGGAGAAAAAACAAGAAAAAAUUGAAAAUAAAUCUAAAGGGAAUAAUGAUUCUGACGACAAAGCAAAAUUGGUUAAAUCUAAAAAGAAGAAGAGGAUGUCCGGACGAAGAAUCAUUGAUUCGGAUUCAGAUGUUAAAAUAAUGGAUGUAGAUUCUGAUAGUUCUUCUGAAAUUUCAAGUGUACAAAAUUCAAGCGAGUCAGAUAACACGAAAAAAGAAAAAAAGAAAUUGAAAUGGAUUAAAAGACGUAAACGCAGUAAUUCAUCAGAUACGGAUUCUUCACUUGCAGAGAAACCAAAACCAAAACGAAAGCGUAUAAAAAAAAUGGCAUCUGACAGUGAUAGUAGUGACGUAGAAGUGAUAAACUCGCAAGGAUCUACACCCGGUCAAAGUGGUCGAAAAAAUAUACGGAAAGUUUUGAAGGACAAGCAAGUAGCGGAAGAUACAAAACUAGCCGCUAAAGAAGAGGAGGAAAGACUUAAACGUAUCGCUGAUCGUCAAGCUCUGUACAAUGAAAUGUUUGAGAUGAGACUUGCCGGUGAAGAAAAAGUAGACAAAUUAGUUUUAGACUUCGAUACAGAAACGAAGCAGGAACUCAUUACUGUACAUAAGGAAUUGGUGAAACAUCUGAAGCCGCAUCAAGCGCAAGGCAUCAAAUUUAUGUGGGACGCUUGUUUCGAGUCUCUAGAAAGGGUGGACACUACAUCCGGAUCUGGAUGUAUAAUCGCGCAUUGUAUGGGUUUGGGUAAAACGUUACAGGUGAUUACUCUGACGCAUACACUUCUCACUCACGACGCGACAAAGAUUAAGACGGUACUGGUAGUUUGCCCAUUAAGCACGGUACUUAAUUGGAAAAAUGAGUACAAUACAUGGCUGAAGGAUUUGGAUGAUAUCGAAGUGUACGAACUGACAAAAUUUAAGAAGAAUUUUGAGAGGAAAUAUCAACUGCAGAGAUGGCAAAACACCGGUGGUGUGAUGAUCAUUGGCUAUGAAAUGUUCCGUAAUCUUACGGGUCCAAAUAAAAAUAUUCGAAAAAGUAUGAAGGAAAUUAUGUUGGAAUGCCUAGUUGAUCCAGGUGCUGAUCUUAUUGUUUGUGAUGAAGGCCAUUUAUUAAAAAAUGAAGAUACUGCAUUAAGUAAAUGCAUGAGAAGCGUGAAGACAAUGAGACGUAUAGUACUUACUGGGACACCUUUACAGAACAAUUUAAUAGAAUAUCAUUGUAUGGUACAGUUCGUGAAACCCAAUUUGUUGGGUACAAAGAAAGAAUUUUCAAAUAGAUUUGUAAAUCCAAUAACAAACGGUCAGUGUGUUGAUUCUACUGCUUUUGACGUUAAUUUAAUGAAGAAACGCGCACACGUGUUGCACAAAAUGUUAGAAGGUAGCGUGCAAAGAUUCGAUUACUCCGUGCUUACGCCGUUCCUGCCACCCAAACAGGAAUAUGUUAUUUUUGUCAGACUGACAGAUAUUCAAAUUAAAAUGUAUCAAUAUUACCUAGAAAAUUUUGCCAAACGUCAAUUUGGUUCAGGAAGAAGCCAUCUUUUUGCUGAUUUUCAAGCAUUACAAAGAAUCUGGACGCAUCCCAUAGUUCUACGUCUAAAUGCAGAGAAAAUAGAAAAAGCAAAUGAGAAAAAGGAACUUUCUAGCGAUUCAGCGGGUUCGUUAAAAGAUUUCGUUGUUGAUGGUACUACCGAUGAAGAGAGUACCAGUAGCAACGAUUCGAGUGAUGACAGUGAUGUUCAGGCGAUCGAUGAUAAAAAAGACGAAAAAGAACAAACAUCUGUUUUUAAACGUAAAACAAGAAAUAAUCCUAUCGAAGAAGAAUCAACGGAACAGAUUAAAGAGAAUCCAGAAACAGAAUCCCUUACAGACUGGUGGUUGCAGUUUGUACAACCUGAGCAUUUUGACGAUGUAAGAACGUCAGCUAAACUAUUACUUCUCUUUGAAAUUCUAAAGGAAUGUGAACAAAUCGGUGAUAAAGUGCUCGUAUUCUCUCAAUCUCUAUAUUCUCUCACAUUAAUCGAGGAAUUUUUAAGAAAAAUAGAUGAUCAGACUCAGAAUGGUGCAUCUUGUGACACUCUUGAUAAUCAUACCGGAAGUUGGUCUUUAGGACUCGAUUACUUUCGAUUGGACGGUCAGACUUCGCCUGAAAAUCGAAAUAUGUGGUGUAAGAUAUUUAAUAGACCCACCAAUAUGAGAGCAAGAUUAUUCCUCAUAUCCACACGCGCUGGAGGAUUAGGAAUAAAUUUAACUGCAGCAAAUAGAGUGAUUAUAUUUGACGCCAGUUGGAAUCCCUCUCACGACGUACAAAGCAUAUUUCGGGUAUACAGAUUUGGACAAAAAAAGCCGUGUUACGUAUAUCGAUUUCUCGCUGCGGGAACCAUGGAGGAAAAAAUUUACAAUCGUCAAGUUACGAAACUGUCGCUUUCAUGCCGUGUAAUUGACGAACAACAAAUCGAACGACAUUACAGCAAUCACAAUUUAAACGAGUUGUAUACGUUUGAGGGAUAUGAUAAAGAAAAACCUACAUUAAAUUUACCUAAAGAUAGACUAUUAGCGGAGAUAUUUUUAAAGUUCAAGGAUGUUGUAGAAAAUUAUCACGAACAUGACUCUCUAUUGGAAAACAAGGCGGAAGAAGAAUUAGACGAAGAGGAACGCAAACAAGCUUGGUUAGAAUAUGAAGAGGAAAAAAAAGGAAAACCAGUAAUACAUCCGAUGAUGAAUCCAAUAAUAGUAAAUCAAAACAAUGCGUUUCUACAGCAAUUAAUAAUGAUGAGAAAUUCCAUACAGUCUAACAUGCUUUCUCAAAAUGUGUUGAAUGAAUAUGAAAAUCUCCAACAACUUAUUCGUAAAGAUUAUCCGAAUGCAUCACCGGAACAACAGAAAAUGAUAACAAAUCGAGCCUUUACGGAGAUGUACGAUUAUUGGGAGAAACAAGCAACGCUAGGCAAUAACCAACCUGUACAAUUAAUACAAAAUCCAAUUUUGCCGAAUUUUCAACAAAGACCACAAGCCCCGAAUUUUCAACAAAGGCCACAAAUUCCGGCAACGAGCAAUCUUCACAUAAAUCAAGUCUCGCAGUUGAACCAAUUGCUUUCGGGGCAAUCGAUGAAUUAUAUGAACUCGCAGCAUCCUGCGCAACUAAGUGAUGCACAAAAGGGAGUUGUACUUCCAAAUUUAUUUAUAAAACAGAGUAUCUCGUCAAAUAAUAAUAGAAGCGGAAUCGCGGACCAGGAUGUAGAGAUUCCUACUACAAGUAAUACAGGAACAACACGUCAGAGCGAGAUGAGUAGCGUACAAAUAGCUGCGCAAUCAAGUGAUAACAGUAAAAUCCAGGAGGAGUAAAAAAUUCUAUAUAAAUAUUUUAUAUGAAUUAUUUCAUAAGAUAGUAUUAUCUGUAGAUCUAUAUAAAUCUUGAUUAUAAAUCGUAUUAUAACCCCACAUUAUCAAUUGAAAAAGAAAUAC